CAUUUUCAAUUUUCCCUCUCUCUCUAACUACUCUCUCUCUAACUUUCAUCUGAAAAUCGCAAUGUCUCGCCGUGGUAGGGGUGGUGGUCGGCGAUCCGAUGAUCGUCCCGAUCAGUCUUCUCCUUCUCCAACGUUUCAGAGAGGUGGAGGAAGUGGUGGUGGUGGUGGUGGCAGAGGAGGAAGAGGAGGAGGAGGAAGGAGUGGUGGUGGUGGUUAUGCUUCAACUACUCCGAUUCCUCAACCUUCAAUUCCCGCGCCGGUGCCAGGUCCAUCGUCAUCGACUACUUCUACUGCUUCUUCGUUGAGCCGUGAAGUUGAUAAGAAACUGACAUUGCAGGAUCCAGCGGCGGCGGCCACUGUGAGAGUUCCUCCAGCGUCGUCGAAAUCCGUUAGGUUUCCGGUUAGACCUGGUUAUGGUACUGUUGGUAGAAAGUGUGUAGUUAAGGCUAAUCAUUUCUUAGUCAAGGUUGCUGAAAGAGAUCUCUGCCAUUACGAUGUAACUAUAACUCCUGAGGUUACAUCUAAGAAAGUAACUAGAGAGAUUAUAAACCAAUUAGGGAAUCUUUACCGUGCUUCUCACUUAGGCAACCUGAGAGUUGCUUAUGACGGUAGAAAGUCUAUCUACACUGCUGGAGAGUUGCCGUUUAGUUCAAAAGAGUUUAAAAUCGAGUUAGCUGACAAUGACACUGGACCUGGAGGCUCCAGUUCUACAAAAAGUAGCCGCAGGAAACGUGAGUUUACGGUUGUGAUCAAGUUUGCUUCUAAGCCGGAUUUACAUCAUCUCCGGCAGUUUUUACAGAGCAGGCAACUUGAUGCUCCUCAGGAGACUCUACAAGCUCUGGAUGUUGCUCUCAGAGGGGCUCCAUCCGAACUGUAUACAGUUGUGGGGAGGUCCUUUUUUCAUCCCACACUGGGCCGCCCUGGUAAGGGUGAGCUUGGAGAUGGGAUAAUGUAUUGGAAAGGAUACUAUCAAAGUUUAAGGCCAACUCAAUUGGGGCUUUCACUCAAUAUCGAUGUGUCAGCAAGAGCUUUUUAUGAACCAUUGAAUGUAAUUGAUUUUGUUUUCAAACACUUUAACUUGAGAGACGACUCACGACCAUUGCAGGAUCAAGUCCGAGUUCAGUUGAAAAAGAAUUUGAGAGGGAUCAAAGUAGCUUGUAGUCAUUUACAGAACACAAGGACGUAUAAGAUUACUGGGGUAUCGAAUGAGCCUCUGAACAAUUUGAUGUUUACUCUUGAUGAUCAGCCAAAGCAGAUUUCGGUUGCCACUUAUUUUCAACAGAAGUACAAAAUCAGACUGAAAUAUGUGACAUGGCCUGCUCUGCAAGCAGGGAGUGCUACCAAGCCUAUCUACUUGCCAAUGGAGAUUUGUACCAUUGUUGAGGGGCAAAGAUACUCCAAGAAACUUAAUGAAAGGCAAGUAACCAAUCUGUUAAGGGCAACUUGUCAAAGACCAAUUGAUAGGGAAGGAAGCAUUCGACAAACUGUUCAGCAAAACAAUUUCAGCAAGCAGGAGAUUGUUCAGGACUUUGGUAUCAAUGUUGCCAAUGAUAUGACUUCAGUUCAAGCUCGAGUUUUGACUCCACCAUUGCUUCUUUACCAUGGUACUGGGAGGGAUGCUAGUGAACAACCCCGUUUUGGGCAAUGGAACAUGAUCAACAAAAAAAUGAUCAAUGGAGGCCGAGUAGAUAAUUGGACAUGUGUGAACUUCUCGCGGUACAAUGCGGAUAUACACAACCGAUUUUGUCCAGAAUUGGUCAAUAUGUGCCUCAGUCGUGGGAUGGUGUUUCAAACCAGACCAGUAAUUCCCUGCUCUGCUUGGCCUGCAAAUCAAAUUGAGAACGCUUUGAGAUCUGUUCACGAACAAUGUAAGAAGGCAAACAAACAAUUGCAGCUGUUGAUUGUUAUCUUGCCUGAUUUUACUGGCACAUAUGGGACGAUUAAACGAAUAUGUGAAACUGAGCUUGGAAUUGUUUCACAGUGCUGUCAACCUAAACAGGCUGUAAAGCUCAAUAAACAGUAUUUGGAGAAUCUUUCCUUGAAAAUUAACCAUAAGGUUGGUGGCCGGAAUACCGUGUUAAGUGAUGCUCUAAACAGGAAAAUUCCUUUUGUGUCUGAUGUCCCAACCAUAAUCUUCGGUGCUGAUGUAACACAUCCACAACCUGGAGAGGAUUCUAGCCCUUCCAUAGCAGCUGUUGUUGCUUCAAUGGAUUGGCCUGAGGUGUCCAAAUAUAGAGCCUUGGUCUCUGCACAGCAGCACCGUGAAGAGAUCAUCCAAGACCUUUAUAAAGAAACUACUGGUGAUAAAAAACAUGGAGGAAUGAUAAGGGAACACUUGAUUUCUUUCAGAAGAGCAACUGGAGUCAAACCAGCUAGGAUUAUAUUCUACAGAGAUGGUGUUAGUGAAGGGCAGUUCAGUCAGGUUCUGCUUUACGAGAUGGAUGCCAUAAGAAAGGCAUGUUCUUCGCUCGAGGAAGGAUAUCUUCCUCGAGUUACGUUUGUUGUUGUUCAGAAAAGGCAUCACACUCGCCUUUUCCCAGCUGAUUACAACAAUCGUGAUUCAAUGGACAGGAGUGGCAACAUCCAACCAGGCACUGUUGUUGACACCCAAAUCUGCCAUCCAACCGAAUUUGAUUUCUACCUCAAUAGUCAUGCUGGAAUUCAGGGAACUAGUCGUCCUUCUCAUUACCAUGUCUUGUACGAUGAAAACAAAUUCACUGCCGAUGCCCUGCAAGUUCUCACGAACAAUCUCUGUUACACGUAUGCAAGAUGUACCAAAGCAGUGUCCAUCGUUCCUCCAGCAUAUUAUGCUCACUUGGCAGCAUUUCGCGCUCGGUAUUACAUUGAAGGAGAUUAUUCUGAGUCUGCAUCGUCAUCAAGUGGUGGUAGAGCUGGUCCUAAAACAUUCCGCCCUCUCCCGAUGAUUAAAGAUAAUGUGAAAGAUGUUAUGUUCUACGUUUAGAAAUCAGAUCUCUUAUAAGCUUGUUCUAACUCUUUUUUGGUUCGGUUUGGACUUUGGUGGUUGGAGAAUGGGGUUAGUUUUUUCUGAUGGAAUUUACUUGAUAAGAGUUCAUUUUGGUGAAAAGUUUAAGGGGUCUCAGGUGAAAGUCUUUUUUUGGAUAUCGUUUGCUUGAUGAUGAUAUUAGCAGCAGUGGUAAAUAUAUAUAUGCUCUGCAAAUGUAAAGGGUUACCACAGUUUUUACUUUUGAAAUUGAUUAUGAAUCAAUUUUGUCUUAACGACUUUACCCAUUAUCUGUUUUGUUUUUUAUUUGAUUUAGUAUGUUUUUAUUCUGA